GGCAAGGGCUGCCCGAAGCGGGAGCAGCGUCGGGAAAAGAAAGCAGUAGGAGCCGGGCGAGGACACCCCUGCGGCGGGACAGCAGGACCAGCGGGAUCCGGGGAGAGACCGCGGGGCCCGAGGGGCGGCGGCGGCGGCGGCGGCGCGAGUAGCGGCCGGCGGCACCAUGCGGCGAGGCGGGCUGCUGGAGGUCGCGCUGGCGUUCGCCCUGCUCCUCGCGUCCUAUACGAGCCAUGGGGCGGACGCUAAUCUGGAGGCUGGGAACCUGAAGGAGACUAGAGCCAACCGGGCCAAGAGAAGAGGCGGUGGAGGACACGAUGCGCUGAAAGGACCCAAUGUCUGUGGAUCACGUUAUAACGCGUACUGUUGUCCUGGAUGGAAAACCUUACCGGGUGGAAAUCAGUGUAUUGUCCCCAUUUGCCGGCAUUCCUGUGGGGAUGGAUUCUGUUCGAGGCCAAAUAUGUGCACUUGCCCGUCCGGUCAGAUAUCGCCUUCCUGUGGCUCCAGAUCCAUACAACACUGUAACAUUCGCUGCAUGAAUGGAGGUAGCUGCAACGAGGACCACUGUCUAUGCCAGAAGGGGUACAUUGGCACACACUGCGGACAACCUGUCUGUGAAAGUGGCUGUCUCAAUGGAGGGAGGUGUGUGGCCCCAAAUCGGUGUGCGUGCACAUACGGCUUUACUGGACCCCAGUGUGAAAGAGAUUACAGAACAGGACCAUGUUUUACUGUGGUCAGCAACCAGAUGUGCCAGGGACAGCUCAGUGGGAUUGUCUGCACCAAAACACUCUGCUGUGCCACAGUGGGCCGAGCCUGGGGCCACCCGUGUGAGAUGUGUCCUGCCCAGCCUCACCCCUGCCGUCGCGGCUUCAUUCCCAACAUCCGCACCGGAGCUUGUCAAGAUGUGGACGAAUGCCAGGCUAUCCCUGGGCUGUGUCAAGGAGGAAAUUGCAUUAAUACUGUUGGGUCUUUUGAGUGCAAAUGCCCUGCUGGACACAAAUUUAAUGAAGUGUCACAAAAAUGUGAAGAUAUCGACGAGUGCAGCACUAUUCCUGGAGUCUGUGAUGGCGGGGAAUGUACAAACACAGUCAGCAGUUACUUCUGCAAAUGCCCCCCUGGUUUCUACACCUCUCCUGAUGGCACCAGAUGCAUAGAUGUUCGUCCUGGUUACUGCUACACAGCUCUGACAAAUGGACGCUGCUCUAACCAGCUGCCACAGUCCAUAACCAAAAUGCAGUGCUGUUGUGAUGCUGGCCGGUGCUGGUCUCCAGGAGUCGCUGUUGCCCCCGAGAUGUGUCCCAUCAGAUCAACCGAGGAUUUCAACAAGCUGUGCUCUGUCCCUCUGGUAAUUCCUGGGAGACCAGAAUAUCCUCCCCCACCCAUUGGCCCUCCACUUCAGCCCGUCGUUCCUCCUGGCUUUACUCCUGGGUCUGUGAUCCCAGUCCCUCGGCCACCACCAGACUAUCCGUAUCCAUCUCCAUCGCGGGAACCACCGAGGGUGCUGCCUUUCAACGUUACUGACUACUGUCAAUUGUUCCGCCACCUCUGUCAAAACGGGCGCUGCAUUCCAACCCCUGGCAGUUACCGGUGUGAAUGCAACAAGGGCUUCCAGCUGGACAUCCGCGGGGAGUGCAUCGAUGUUGACGAGUGUGAGAAAAACCCAUGUACUGGUGGAGAAUGCAUCAACAACCAGGGCUCAUACACGUGUCACUGCCGGGCUGGCUACCAGAGCACACUCACCAGGACGGAGUGCAGAGACAUUGACGAGUGUCUGCAGAACGGCCGGAUCUGUAACAAUGGGCGCUGCAUCAACACAGACGGCAGCUUCCACUGCGUGUGCAACGCGGGCUUCCACGUCACUCGGGAUGGAAAGAACUGUGAAGAUAUGGAUGAGUGCAGCAUCAGAAACAUGUGCCUCAACGGGAUGUGCAUCAAUGAAGAUGGGAGCUUCAAGUGUAUUUGCAAACCUGGGUUCCAGCUGGCAUCAGACGGGCGCUACUGCAAAGACAUCAACGAGUGUGAAACCCCUGGAAUCUGCAUGAACGGGCGCUGUGUGAACACUGAUGGCUCCUACCGAUGCGAAUGCUUUCCCGGACUGGCUGUGGGUCUCGAUGGACGGGUGUGCGUUGACACACACAUGCGGAGCACGUGCUAUGGGGGCUACAGGAGAGGCCAGUGUGUGAAGCCCUUGUUCGGCGCUGUCACCAAAUCCGAGUGCUGCUGUGCCAACACCGAGUAUGCAUUUGGGGAACCCUGCCAGCCGUGUCCUGCACAGAAUUCAGCGGAAUACCAGGCACUCUGUAGCAGUGGACCGGGCAUGACCUCAGCAGGCACUGAUAUAAAUGAAUGUGCAUUAGAUCCUGAUAUUUGCCCAAAUGGAAUUUGUGAAAAUCUCCGUGGGACCUACAAAUGUGUAUGUGAUUCAGGAUAUGAAGUAGACAUAACUGGGAAAAACUGUGUCGAUAUUAAUGAAUGUGUGCUGAACAGUCUACUCUGUGACAAUGGACAAUGUAGAAACACCCCUGGGAGCUUCGUCUGUACCUGCCCCAAGGGAUUUGUGUACAAACCCGACCUAAAGACCUGUGAAGACAUUGAUGAAUGUGAAUCAAGCCCUUGCAUUAAUGGAGUCUGCAAGAACAGCCCUGGCUCUUUUAUUUGUGAAUGUUCUCCUGAAAGUACUUUGGAUCCAACCAAAACCAUCUGCAUAGAAACCAUCAAGGGCACUUGCUGGCAGACUGUCAUAGAUGGGCGGUGUGAGAUCAAUAUCAAUGGAGCCACCUUGAAGUCCGAAUGCUGCUCUUCCCUUGGUGCUGCCUGGGGGAGCCCAUGUACCAUAUGUCAAGUUGAUCCCAUAUGUGGUAAAGGCUUCUCAAGAAUCAAAGGCACACAGUGUGAAGAUAUCAAUGAAUGUGAAGUGUUCCCAGGAGUAUGCAAAAAUGGCCUAUGUGUCAACUCCAGGGGGUCAUUCAAGUGCGAGUGUCCCAAUGGAAUGACUUUGGAUGCCACAGGAAGAAUCUGCCUUGACAUCCGCCUGGAGACCUGCUACCUGAGGUAUGAUGAUGAGGAGUGCACCCUGCCCAUCGCUGGCCGUCACCGGAUGGAUGCCUGCUGCUGUUCAGUUGGAGCAGGCUGGGGAACCCAAGAGUGUGAGGAGUGUCCGGUGAGAAACACCCCAGAGUAUGAGGAGCUCUGUCCCCGAGGACCCGGGUUUGCGACAAAAGAGAUUACGAAUGGGAAACCGUUCUUCAAAGAUAUCAACGAGUGCAAGAUGAUACCCAGCCUCUGCACGCACGGCAAGUGCAGAAACACCAUCGGCAGCUUCAAGUGCAGGUGCGACAGCGGCUUUGCUCUGGAUUCUGAGGAGAGGAACUGCACAGACAUCGAUGAGUGCCGCAUCUCUCCUGACCUCUGUGGCCGAGGCCAGUGUGUGAACACCCCAGGGGACUUUGAAUGCAAGUGUGACGAAGGCUACGAAAGCGGGUUCAUGAUGAUGAAGAACUGCAUGGAUAUUGAUGAAUGUCAGAGAAAUCCUCUCCUGUGCCGAGGAGGCAUUUGCCACAACACAGAGGGAAGUUAUCGCUGCGAAUGCCCUCCUGGUCACCAGCUGUCCCCAAACAUCUCCGCCUGCAUUGACAUCAAUGAGUGUGAACUGAGUGCACACCUCUGUCCCAAUGGUCGUUGUGUGAACCUCAUAGGGAAGUAUCAGUGUGCCUGUAAUCCGGGUUACCACUCUACUCCUGAUAGGCUCUUCUGUGUUGACAUCGACGAAUGCAGUAUAAUGAACGGCGGCUGUGAGACCUUCUGUACAAACUCUGAAGGCAGCUAUGAGUGCAGCUGCCAGCCGGGGUUCGCCCUCAUGCCAGACCAGAGAUCGUGCACAGACAUUGAUGAGUGUGAAGAUAACCCGAAUAUCUGUGAUGGCGGUCAGUGCACAAACAUACCCGGAGAGUACAGGUGCCUGUGCUACGAUGGCUUCAUGGCGUCUGAAGACAUGAAGACUUGUUUAGAUGUCAAUGAAUGUGACCUGAAUCCGAAUAUCUGCCUCAGCGGGACCUGUGAAAACACUAAAGGCUCAUUUAUCUGCCACUGUGAUAUGGGCUAUUCAGGGAAAAAAGGAAAAACGGGCUGUACAGACAUCAAUGAGUGUGAGAUCGGAGCACACAACUGUGGCAGGCAUGCUGUAUGCACCAACACGGCGGGAAGCUUCAAGUGCAGCUGCAGCCCGGGGUGGAUUGGAGACGGCGUCAAGUGCACAGAUCUGGAUGAAUGCUCUAACGGAACCCACAUGUGCAGCCAACACGCAGACUGUAAGAACACCAUGGGGUCGUACCGCUGUCUCUGUAAGGACGGCUAUACAGGAGACGGCUUCACCUGCACAGACCUCGACGAGUGCUCGGAGAACCUGAACCUCUGUGGCAAUGGCCAGUGCCUCAACGCCCCUGGCGGGUACCGCUGUGAAUGUGACAUGGGCUUCGUGCCCAGUGCUGACGGGAAAGCCUGUGAAGAUAUCGAUGAGUGCUCCCUUCCAAACAUCUGUGUCUUUGGAACGUGUCACAAUCUCCCAGGCCUCUUUCGUUGUGAGUGUGAGAUCGGCUAUGAACUGGACCGAAGUGGUGGGAACUGUACAGAUGUUAAUGAGUGUCUGGAUCCAACCACCUGUAUCAGUGGGAACUGUGUGAACACGCCAGGCAGUUACACCUGCGACUGUCCACCCGACUUUGAGCUGAAUCCAACUCGGGUUGGCUGUGUUGAUACGCGUUCUGGAAACUGCUAUCUGGAUAUCCGGCCCCGAGGAGACAACGGAGACACAGCCUGCAGUAAUGAAAUCGGAGUGGGCGUUUCCAAGGCUUCCUGCUGUUGUUCGCUGGGGAAAGCCUGGGGAACUCCAUGCGAGCUGUGUCCUGCUGUGAACACGUCUGAAUAUAAAAUCCUUUGCCCGGGAGGAGAAGGUUUUCGUCCAAACCCCAUCACCGUUAUAUUGGAAGACAUUGAUGAGUGCCAGGAGCUCCCAGGGCUGUGCCAAGGGGGGAAGUGUAUCAACACCUUCGGCAGCUUCCAGUGCCGCUGCCCGACUGGUUACUACCUGAACGAAGACACUCGAGUGUGUGAUGAUGUGAACGAAUGUGAGACUCCUGGAAUCUGCGGGCCAGGGACAUGUUACAACACAGUUGGCAACUACACCUGCAUCUGCCCUCCAGACUACAUGCAAGUGAACGGGGGAAACAAUUGCAUGGACAUGAGAAGAAGUCUGUGCUACAGAAACUACUACGCUGACAACCAAACCUGUGACGGAGAGCUCCUGUUCAACAUGACCAAGAAGAUGUGCUGCUGCUCCUACAACAUCGGCAGAGCCUGGAAUAAGCCCUGCGAGCAGUGUCCGGUCCCGAGCACAGAUGAAUUUGCUACCCUCUGUGGAAGCCAAAGGCCAGGCUUUGUCAUUGACAUUUACACUGGCCUACCCGUGGAUAUUGAUGAAUGCCGGGAGAUCCCAGGGGUCUGUGAGAAUGGAGUGUGCAUCAACAUGGUCGGCAGCUUCAGGUGUGAGUGUCCAGUGGGAUUCUUCUAUAACGACAAGUUACUGGUUUGUGAAGAUAUCGAUGAGUGUCAGAACGGCCCCGUGUGCCAGCGCAAUGCUGAGUGCGUCAAUACCGCAGGCAGUUACCGCUGUGACUGUAAGCCUGGCUAUCGCCUCACCUCCACGGGUCAAUGCAACGAUCGGAACGAGUGCCAAGAAAUCCCCAACAUCUGCAGCCACGGGCAGUGUAUCGACACGGUGGGAAGCUUCUACUGCCUCUGUCACACCGGCUUCAAGACAAAUGCAGAUCAGACCAUGUGCUUGGACAUAAAUGAGUGUGAGAGAGACGCCUGUGGGAACGGGACUUGCAGAAACACAAUCGGGUCCUUCAACUGCCGCUGCAAUCAUGGCUUCAUACUUUCUCACAACAACGACUGCAUAGGUGAGUGUUGUUCUCUUGUUUUUGCUGCAGAUGAAAACGAAUGCUUGAGCGCACACGUCUGUGGGGGAGCCUCCUGCCAUAACACCUUGGGGAGUUACAAGUGCAUGUGUCCCACUGGCUUCCAGUAUGAACAGUUCAGCGGAGGCUGCCAAGACAUCAAUGAGUGUGGCUCAUCGCAGGCCCCCUGCAGUUAUGGCUGCUCCAAUACUGAGGGUGGCUACCUGUGCGGCUGUCCUCCAGGCUACUUCCGGAUAGGCCAAGGGCAUUGUGUUUCUGGAAUGGGCAUGGGCAGAGGGGGCCCAGAGCCACCUGCCAGCGGUGAGAUGGAUGACAAUUCACUGUCCCCAGAAGCCUGCUAUGAGUGUAAGAUCAAUGGCUACUCCAAACGAGGCAGGAAACGGAGAAGCACAAACGAAACAGAUGCCUUGGACAUCCAGGAUGGGUCGGAGAUGGAAGCCAACGUGAGCCUCGCAAGUUGGGAUGUGGAGAAGCCAGCUAGCUUUGCUUUCAAUAUUUCCCACAUCAGCCACAAGGUCCGAAUCUUAGAGCUCCUGCCGGCCCUUACAACUCUGACGAACCACAACAGAUACUUGAUUGAAUCUGGAAAUGAAGAUGGCUUCUUUAAAAUCAACCAGAAAGAAGGAGUCAGCUACCUCCACUUCACGAAGAAGAAGCCAGUGGCUGGCAGCUACUCCUUACAAAUCAGCAGUACUCCACUUUAUAAAAAGAAAGAACUUAAUCAGUUAGAGGACAGGCAUGACAAAGACUACCUCAGCGGUGAACUGGGCGAUAACCUGAAGAUGAAAAUUCAGAUCCUGCUUCAUUAAUUCACCAUCCAAAGACCAAAUAAUUAAAAUAAAAGCAACUGUAGGUAGGUAGAAUUCUAUUUUCCCCAAACCAGAACCUUCACAUCAUGGUACAAUCAUUCACCAAGUCAAUCUGUAUAAAUGAGCACUAUUCUUGAAUGGCAUCAAGGUACAGUGAUGACCCUAGUUCAAACAACCACUUUCUCAGGCUUCUCAUGAGUAGCUCAGCUACCUUGUCAUACGUGUUGAUUCCUGGAAACUGGGACAUGAAUAUCCACUGAGGUUGGCCAUUCAUGCCGACGGCCUACCUACCUUUCCAGCUGCCGCACGGGAAUGUGUUUCCAUCUGACGGUCCAUUUGUUUUCACAUUUCGAAACUUGGCUUCUAUGAGUGCAAGCAGUAGGUUGGUCGUUUCUGAUGUCUAUUUGGUGCUAGUAAAGUCUCAAAAUAGAUUUAUCGAUGCACUGUAAUAAGUACACAAGUUAGAAACCAAAAUGCCAAGUAUUCAGCUCAGAUACUUCAUUUCAAUCAACCAAAGUUAGUUCAGUAGCUUAUCUCACUUAUGAGUAUAAUACAUUACAUGUAAAUUAAGUGUGUGUAUACUGUAAUCGUGUUAUUUUUAUCAUUGAAACAUUUAUAAACUAGAAUAAUAAAGCCCUUAAUGUGAGGGUUUGUAAUGGUGCUUAUUGAGACCAAAGACUUGUUCAACGUCUACACCGAGCGGAAGUGGAAUCUGUGACUGGCCCGCUUGUGCGCUGAGGUUGGAGAAGACAAGGAAACAGCCUCGGCCACCAGAGGAUCACCAGUGCACCCUCCAUCACCCAGCAUGUGCAAUCUGCCAAAAUCACUCUCGGUCAUUCCUGUCAACAAGGGGUUAAUGUCAUCAUGUCACAAUAAAGUGAUCCUACCCUCCCUCCCUUUUUUAGUUUACUCCAUGGUUUUGUGUUCUUGUGUGGAUUGGAGGCUGGGAGGGUAAGGGACUUUCUGGAGGGGAAAUAAAAGUCUCCUGGGUUUAAAGUA